AUGCAGCCCCUGGGUCGGCGGGAUGAGGAGCGGGAUGAGGAGCGGGAUGAGGAGCGGGAUGAGGAGCGGGAUGAGGAGCGGGAUGAGGAGCGGGAUGAGGAGCGGGAUGAGGAGCGGGAUGAGGAGCGGGAUGAGGAGCGGGAUGAGGAGCGGGAUGAGGAGCGGGAUGAGCAGGAGCGGGAUGAGAAGCGGGAUGAGGAGCCCCGGGAUGAGGAGCCCCGCGAGAACGGGCGCGCGAAGAAGAGGAGGAGACGGAUCGACCGCUCCAUGAUCGGGGAGCCCAUGAACUUCGUCCACCUGACGCACAUCGGCUCUGGCGACAUGGCCGCGGGCGAAGGGCUGCCCAUGGGGGACAACUGA